GCUUUCUGAUUUGUUUUGAAGGCGCAGGAAGGGGCUGGGCUGAAUGUGUCCGUUUGGGAGCGGCGGGAGCCCCGGUUGGCGGGGCUGCUGUUACCAUGGCAACAGGCGGUGCUUCCCGAAACUGACACCUGUGCCGUGAGCUGUUAAUGGAAAGUGGAAGAGACGUCUGGUGUGAACAAGAGUUAUUCUGAUAGCCUCACUGCUGGUGACAUUCUCAUCCGCUCCACCAGCUUCCCCAUGAAAAAGAAGCCCAUUGACCCUCGGACAGCUGUGUCCGCUGACAGCAAGCCUGCUGCUUGCACCAAGAAAAAAAUACGCAUUUCUGUGAAGAAGCUUCGGGAAGUGCCUCCACCCCGUCGUCCAGAAUGUGCUGUGUCGACGGUUGAUGUUGCAGCUGAUAUUCCACCAGCACUGUUGGCCAACAAACCUGCAUCUCAUAAGCCAACAGCAGCAACCUCUGGAGGUGUAACUGAGGGUGUUGUAAGCAGGUAUACCGGUAGACCUUCAGAACUAUUGUCAACUAAAAAAGAUAGCGAGCCCUCAGAGUUACCUCCAGAGCAGGCUUAUUCACAUGACACUGGAGUACACAUUCCUUCACAAGUAAAAGAGGAUGGCAACAAACAAAAAGCUGACAUGUUUAUUUCCCAGUAUGAUACUGGGCAGAAGGAGGCUGUAAGAGCUGUAUUCAAGCAGAGAAUUCAGACUGUUCCUGUAUUUAAAGAGGUGAAGGUCCAACUGCUGGAUGAUGUAUGCUCUGACAAAAAGGACAGUACCAAGUCAACACAAAGCGAGAUAGAGUCAGCUACAACCAUCGCAGCUGCCACAGCAGCAGCUAUAGCUUCUACAGCCCCACUUUUCAAAGUCCAGAGCGACUUGGAAGCAAAAGUGAGCUCUGUGUCCGAAAUGCUUACCAAGUUGCAGGAGACAGACAAACAGCUGCAGCGUGUUGCAGACCAGCAAGCCAUCUUGAAGGCGCAACAGACUGAGGGGCCCCCUUGCCAUCAGAGAGUCGGCGAACUUGAAAAGCAGAUGAAUCAGUUCAUGGAACAGCGAAUUCAGCAUCUGGAAAAUUUGCAGCAGCAGCAAAUGAAUAUUCAGUCCCGUUUGAUUAGCUCUGCACUGAACUCAGGUGGCUUCCAAGAUGUCAACACAGCAGCUUCCAAAAGGACGGCAACACAUGCCAUGAAUGCAGGGAAGCCUCUUACUGACCCUAUCUCUGCUCACCAGCAUGGCUUUUUUCCUUCCAACGCCAUACCUGCGCAAGACCAGCUUUUUUCUAAUUGGGCAAACCUAUCUUCCCACAUUCCAGCAUGUUCCCGGAAACAUGAAAGCCGCGGUAUUAGUUCGCAGAAGACACCAGCACCACGCAGAUACGCUCCUGUGCCGGUAUCUAAAGAUACUAAAAUCUCACAGAAACUGGCAAAGAGAGAACAACCGGUUGGAGAAAAAGAAAAUGUGCAACAGUCAACUUGUGGAAGAACUUUGGGUGGAGGGAGACUUCUAGAGCACAUUUUGAAUUCUCAAGAAACCCCAUUAAGCCAGAGUGCAUCUUCUUGGAACGACCCCAGAAGUGACAAUGUGAUGCCGUGGUGUUUUGGAAGAGAGCAUAGCAGAUCGAACAUUCAGCAGACUGAGCCCUUCCCUGCGUCUAAAAGCACACUUCAAGAUCACAAUCCAGUUGAGAGAACAGUUAAGAAAGCAGAUGCUGUGCUUCACGAUCUCGGGCAACUGAAACGGGACAUGCAUGACAUCUUGCAGGAUGCAAAGGAGUGGAAGUCGGACAUGAAUAGUAUUAUGAAGGCAACCGCGCACUGCAGAGACAUCGCCCGACAGAAGGAUCACCUGCCUCCACAUCAGUCUGCCUGUUCGCUGUGGCCGUCGUCAUCGGAGGUGCUUCUACAGGUUCCCGCAACUGUGCAAAAAUACCCUGUUGCCCCAAGCCUUCCAGAACUCCAGGAGCUUUCGAAGUCCGCCAUUCUUCAGUCAACCAUGGCUUCCAAAUCCAUACUGAGGGAUGCUGAAAAGAUCCUGAGAGCAGUGCGCAAGAACAAGAAGCUCCUUGAAGAAAACCUGGAAGCCAUUAUCCGUGCCAAGGAUGGGAAUGCUCUGCAUGCCUUCAUUGAUGAGUUGACAGCAGACAGAGAUGUCCUAGAGGAGAUACGAAUCCGAAAGUCUGUAGAUGAGUGGAUUAAGACAAUCAGCAUGGAAAUCCAGGAUGAAAUGGCAAGGAAUGAUGUCCUCGAGGCACAACGGGCUGUCAAGACAAUGAAAGCCAGCAGAGAAACACAUGCAAAAUCUCAGUACCCCACGGGAAUCCCAACUAAAAGGCAUUUGCCUGCAGCAAAGCCCACUCCAGUGCUAGCAGAUAAGGGGCCUCCGAAAAGAUGGAUGGGGGCACGAAAUGAAGAUUAUCUCUCUCAGAUAUACGGCCGGCCGAUUUACCAGGGUCACAGGAGCACACUUAAGAAAUCCCCGUACCUGAGGUUCAACUCGCCUUCUCCCAAAUCAAAGCCUCCAAGACCUAAACUGAUAGAGAGUGUUAAGGGUACGAAAGUGAAAUCGGCAAGGACGCAGACUGGUCCCUACAUGCGCAGCAGUCCUAGGAAGCCACCUCCGGGAUCUGCUUCUCAUCAGGAGCUCCAGUAUCUCUUCAGCCCCACCAGAAAGACCUCCGAACUCUCAGGUGCUCUUGAAGGGCAUCUCAUCCCAAUGGCUAUUCCAUUAGGUCAAAAACAAAUCAACAGCAUCUCUUCUCAGCCUACAGGAAUAAGCAGAGAUGAAUUUCACCCUCUUACUUUGACCUCCUCUGUUCCCCCUGCUCCCCUGAAACCACAGCCAAAGGUAAAGAAGCCCAACAUUGGCAUAAUAGAGAUGAAAUCGGAGAAAAAAGACCCUCCCAAACUGACUGUCCAGGUGCUGCCUAAUGUUGACAUUGACAGUAUUUCAAGCGAAAGCACCAGCGUCAACCAGAUUUCCUUUCCAAAGGAGGUGAUACAGGCUACUGCAGAAAGCAGUCUGUCCCAGGACGAAGAACUGAAACUUCCUGGUGCCGACUUCAUCGAUGUUACUGGCGUCAGUCAGGACGAAGGAGACGAUGACGUCCCGGAAUUCUCCGAGCCGGUUCUACAUUUCGACAGACAAGGAGAAACCGCUUCUCCAAAAUACAGUGGCCCUCCUUUUCCACCUGCUGUUCCUCAGCCCACAGCAGACAUUCUGGAUGAGAUCAUAGAAAAACAGGAGACCCUGGAAAACAAGCUGGUUGGUUGGGUGGAGCAGGAAGUAAUGGCACGAAUCAUCAGUGGGAUGUUUCCACCCCAGAAAGAAGCAGUGCCCAACACAAGCUUGUCAGAGAGCGAGGACAACCAAGAUGUAUCCUCAGACAUCGUUGAAGCAGCAGGUACCGGGGGUUUUCAGCUGUUUGUCGACGCCGGUCUCCCUGUGGAUUCGGACAUUAUUAGACAUUUUGUGAAUGAAGCUCUUGCUGAGACAGUUGCCGUUAUGCUGGGUGACAGCGAAAGCCAGCAGGCAGCCUCUGCUGCUGUUGUUCCUCAGACCACAACACCCUUACCAGAAAAGGAAACAAUACUGUCUACUCCGCUCGGCACACCUGAAGCCACGCCUCCUCCAUCCCCUCCUCCUCCAAAAGAACCGUCUCCAGUGAAAACUCCAGAGUCCUCUCUGUCUGUAACUGAAAUUGAUGGAGAUGCUGAUCUGAGGCAGCAAACAGCAGCAGGAUCCAAGGCUGGAGCCGCCAUCAGCCCAGUGGCUACCCCUGUGGUCACCCCUGUGGCUUCACCACCCAGAGUAGCCACACCGAGCCCUCCUGUAUCCGAGCAUGUCCCAGGCAGAGGAGUGGUGGAAAGGCAGACGCCUCCGAACCCCUGGGGAGAUGCAGAACUUCCUCUGGAAGAAGAGAAGCCCAGCCUGCAGAGUGAAGAAGAAGGGAGCUAUCGCCCAGCACCUCUCAUAAUGUCUGUGGCCAAACACGAAGAGCCGGACACUUUGGUCUUGCCAGCUCCUGAGCCAACUGAGCCCGACGAACCGCCCCUGCAGGAGCCCAGGGCUCCAUCCCCUUCUGUGCCCACCCCCAGUUCUGGCCUUUCCACAGAGAGCAGUCUGACCGCCACGGAAACUGAGACCACGGGGAGGCCAAUCUCAGAAGGAGAAAUUCUGUACAGUUAUGGACAGCUGCUGGCUGCAAAAGCUUUUGCAGAAGGAGGAUUGUCUCUUCCAAAUCUAAGUGACAGUAUGACCAGCACUCUUCAUGAUGCCCAUGAGAUGGAUUUUGAUCCUCCAAGCGAAGGACAAGUGUUACACAGACCUCACAGAGGAUACCACAAGGACCCAGUGCUCUCCCUUUUCUCAAGACUAAACCAAGCACCACUUGCUUCCCAGGAGGAGAUCUGUCGGAGUGAGAACACAAGUGACAGUGCUGGGGAACUCAGCGAGGGGCAGAGGCCGAAGCUGACGGAAGCUGCAGAAACCAUCCUGAUGGGACGUGGCGUUUACAUGGACCAGCCUAGCAGCCGGGUUUCUAAAAAGUCACCUCAGCGUGCAGCAUCUCCGGGACAAUAUGACAGGCUUGCAGGAGAAGUUAUUGGAGGCGCUGCUGCUACUUGUGGGCCAAUGACCAUGGCUGAGCUGGAUCGACCAGUUUCUCCAACAGCGCAGGGAGAUAGCAAUUUGGCACCGUGCUUGGACGGCGUAUCCCAGAAAGAGCGCCAGGAGCCACAGCAGGCGGCACCCAUGAAAUCCAGAAUCAUCUGUGUGAAACCGAAAUCCAAAGUCGCACAAGAGCCAGGGGGAGAAACGGCACCUGAUUUAAGUUUCCUGCCUGCGCCAGCAAAGAUGUCUACGAUUGUACCAUCUGCCAGUAUAGACGACCAAAGCUUCAGUUCUGUCCACGGCAGUGCAGAUUCGUCAGGCGCAGAUACGUUUUGAAGUGUGCAUGUGUAUUAGUGACACAGACGCAUGAGCUGGGAAAGGGGAGCGUUGGCAGCUGUUUGUGCGGAAACAAUACACGGUGCAGAAAUUGCAUCAACCACAUGUUUUGACAUCGAAUUAAUUGGCUUGCCUUUCAUCACUAGAAACUUUUUAUACGUGUGUGUUUCUUACAUGUGAAAUAUGUACACUAUUUUUUUAACAAAUUAAAUAUUUUAUUUUUAAAAAUGAA